GACUACAUGCACAGCUGUGUGUGCUGCAGCCUUUGGCUAUGGAAGUAUCAGAGUUGUUUCUCAGCCAGACUCUCCGUGUCUCUUGUCUGAGAAAGGGAAGGACGAUGCAGAGAUGCUGCCCUUGACCUCCCUCUUGGUUCUGAUCCUUGGCCUACAUAGCGGCCUCCUGUGCCCCCAAAGCUGUGACUGCCCCCCAGGCAGUGGUGUGGUGUGGUGCAACAGGCGAGACCUGGUGAGGAUCCCUUUGGACAUUCCUCACGACACCCGGGUCCUUUAUCUAGACUCCAACUGGAUCACUCACGUGCCCAACGGUGCCUUCCACGGCUUGAGGCAGCUCCGGGAGCUUCACCUGGCCGACAAUCUCAUUGAGAGCAUUGCCCCCGGAGCCUUCCGUGGCCUGGGCGGGGGGCUGAGGCUGCUGGACCUUUCGGGAAACCAGCUGCAGAGGAUGGAGCUUGCGCCGUUCGUCAUGCUGACCUGGGUGCGACUGGAGCUCUACGACAACCCCUGGCACUGUGACUGCUCCCUGCAGGAGCUGCUGGAAGCCCUCCCACUGGACGCGGAGAGCGUGGAGGACAUCGUGUGCUCUUCCGCCACGUGGGAGGAGUAUGUGGGCAAGACUCUGGCCCAUCUGCUCCACUCGGGCAUCAACUUCUGCCUCAGCCAGCAGAGGAACACGGACUUGGCCAUGCUGCUCACCAUGUUCUGCUGGUUCGCCGUGGUCAUCACAUACGUCAUCUACUACGUCCGGCGCAACCAAGCAGAGUCCCGGCGCCACUUGGAGUAUCUCAAAUCCCUGCCAUUGCCCAGCAAGCAACCCAGCCCUGAGGAGGAGCUGGAAGAAGGUGACACGCUCAGCACCAUCCUCUGAUGGCUGGAUCUGCCCAAUGGUUUUGAGGUGGGGAAAUGCACAACGAGUGUUUAAACUGUGUGGGCAGCAAAUCUUCAGAGUAUUUCACCAUGACUUCU